AUGGAGGCAGGCAAGUCAAAUUCUUCAAACUACGAAACAUUUCGCCUCUUUGAUGGUAAUCCACAAACUGGUUUUGGUUUAGACUUUCAACAAUCUUCGGGAAAAUCCGUUCCUCCUCCGCCUCCUUGCCUUGAAGUGAUUCCCUCACAGGAAUUGCCAAGCGUGAAAUAUACUGUAGAAACUGUGAAUUUGGAUGGGAUUGCCCUGCUCAAGGGAAGGGUGAAUACUAAGGAGGUUUUCAAGUUCUCUAAUCUGGAUUUAGUCCCUGGGAAGUAUGAAGGGGGUUUGAAACUGUGGGAAGGCUCAUUGGACUUGGUGAAAACUCUUUCCAGAGAGAUGCAAGAGGGGAAACUAUCGUUUACUGGAAAACGAGUUUUAGAGCUUGGAUGUGGUCAUGGGCUUCCUGGAAUUUUUGCUUGCCUCAAGGGAUCUAGUUGUGUACACUUCCAGGAUUUUAAUGCAGAAGUCCUGCAAAGUCUUACCAUCCCAAAUGUGAAUGCUAACAUUCAAACUACGUCCCAGACACUGGAAACCAAUGUGACACGAUGUAACAAUGAUCUGGAAACUCGUUACUUUGCGGGUGACUGGGGUGAAGUACAUCAGAUUCUCCCUUACAUAUAUGUUGAGGACAGUGGGAAGAACCCCGAUGAAAAGGCUGUAACUACAAUGGGUUAUGAUAUAAUUCUGAUGGCCGAGACAGUUUAUGCAAUCUAUACUUUCCCGACACUUUAUGACCUCAUAAAGAAGAGCUUGAAUAGGCCUAAUGGAGUCGUUUAUAUGGCAGCAAAGAAGUAUUAUUUUGGAGUUGGGGGAGGAUCAAGGAAAUUCGUUUCUUUUGUAGAGAAAGAUGGUGUUAUGUCAGCAGAAUUGGUUGCCGAGGUUGCAGAUGGGUCAUCAAAUGUCCGGGAGGUGUGGAAGUUCCAUUUCAAGUGA